GACGUUUCUUAUGCCGGCCAGUUAGUGUGAAACACUUGGAAAUCAUGGCGUCGCGCAGCAAGUGGGUUUGUGUGUUUCUGCUUUUUUACGUUACGGCGACGUUCCUAGCUGCAGCGCAAAAUAAUGAAAAUGAAAAAGGCAAAAAGAAAAAGGACAUCAGAGAUUAUAACGAUGCUGAUAUGGCCAGACUACUGGAAGAGUGGGAGAAAGAUGACGAAAUCGAAGAAGGUGAUCUCCCAGAGCAUAAGAGAUCUCCACCGCCAAUUGACUUUUCUAAAAUUGAUCCUAAAAAACCAGAAGAACUCCUAAAAUUAUCUAAAAAGGGGAGAACGUUGAUGAUGUUUGCAACCAUCUCGGGUGAACCCACAGAAAAGGAGACUGAAGAGAUCAGUAGUCUGUGGCAAGGCAGCCUGUUUAAUGCCAAUUACGAUGUCCAAAGAUUUGUUGUCGGUUCCAAUCGAGUCAUAUUCAUGUUACGGGAUGGGAGUUACGCAUGGGAGAUCAAGGACUUCCUUACUAACCAGGACCGCUGCGCCGAUGUUACUGUGGAGGGUCAGGUGUACCCUGGGAAAGGGGCCACCAAAAAAAGCAAAGAGCAUGAAAGUGACGUCAACGAGAUCAAUGCAGAGAAAAAGAAGAAGAAAAAUUCAAAAACGUCGGGCAAAGAAACAAACAAGGCCAGUAAACAGAAUGUAGAGUUGUAAUUUGUAGAGUGGAGAGACUUCAUUUUUUUCUUUUCUUUUUCUGUGAUCUCUUUGCCAAAUCUUUCUUUUACCAUCAUAAAGUGUUCAUUUGGAAAAUAACUUUUUCUUCUUCUGAAUAAACUCGGAAGGUGAAAGAUUUUGUGAAGCUCUCAAAGUCGGGGUUACCGUGAAUGGUAUUAAGGAAACAAGGAUGGACGUGUUUUUGUGUAAACUCUUAUCAGAAAAUUUACAAAAAAUGUUUACCCCCUCCACCUCCAAGCUGAAAUCCUCAUUUUGGUACUUAAGUUUAUUUAU